GGCCUCGGUCUCCAGGGCAGCGCUGGGCGACGCCGGCGGCCCGGGAGGCGGCCCUGCUGGAGCCGGGGCGGCGGCGCGGGAGGAUGCGGGGCCGCCGGGUCGCGGCCGCCGAGGAGCGCCGGGCAGGUAAUGUUUUUGUGAACCACAGCGUCAAAUAUUCAGCCAACUGCUUGUAUCAACAAGAAUACCCUAACUUUUGUAUUUUUUCAAGAUGAGUCAUAGUAGAUUAAUCCCCAAGCGCUCUACUCAAUCUCCCACCCACCAUACCAACUUAAAGGCCCAGUCCUCAGAGCCACCUUUUAAGAAAGAAGACUUAGAUCUGAUUUCAAAAGACUCCUUGGAAUCUGAUUCAGAAAGCCUCACUCAAGAGAUUAAGUCCCAGUCUGAACUUGAAGACAGGAUCCAGGGCAACGAUAUGGAGGCUGACAGCUUAGAGGAGGAAAGCCCUCUUCAGGAGAGCCUGAGUGAGACAGAAGAGGAAGCGAGCAGAAAAGCAGCUCAGACGGCCAGCAAGGACAACCUCCAGACCCGGGACAGUGGCGCAAAGAACAGCCAACAACCAAUAGAAGAUAAAUAUUCAGACCUCCGAUAUGACCCAGACUGGAAGAAUAAGAAGGAGGAGGGCAAGUUGUUGACCGUGGAAGCAUUGCCUGAGUCUGUAGACAGCUCUACAGAAAAUCUGACUUUGGGUCCACUCUACCCUUCCAAGGAGACAUCAGUGGAACUCUCAGGGGGAGAAGGUGAACAGAAAAAGAGCCCACAGAGCAUAGCCUCCUUACUCGGUAGUGAAUUUUUAAGCCCAAACUACGAGCGUGGUGCACCUCGCAGUGAGCCAUUUUCAGAGCUGAGCGACAGUGAUCUGGAGGAGAAGUCGAGCAACCUGUCUUCCUACUUAAAGAGUUCAAGUUCACAUAAUGAGGUUUUCCUGCCAGCAUCACGUGGCCCUCGGCGAAGGAAAUCCAAACAAUAUUUUGUGGAAAAAAACAAGCUGACUUUGGGAUUACCCACUCCUAGAAUGGACUCUUAUCUUCAACUUCACAAUAAAAAAAGGGGGGAUACUCACCCAGAACAGAUCUCCUACCCUGUCAGAGUAACUGACAAGACAUCUAUUCAGAAUGCCAAAGAGAUUGAAAAUGCAGCCAUCGAUCCUGAAGACAAAUGGCAUCAAAGAGCCCAACAGCUAAAGAAUUACCAGGAACACUGGUCUCAAUAUGAAAGUACAAAAUCAAGCAAUGUACCAAGAGGUCAAUCUUCUGAAGUAGCCAAUGGCCAGCAACCUUCCAGAAGACCAGCCAAGCCUAAGAUUCGAAAACAGCAUAGACACCAGCCUGGCCAGAAGUCUUUGGUGACUGAAGAGCUGGUUGUCAGUCAAGGAAACCAGAAUAACACUCCCAGACAGCAACAAAACCAAAAUAAGCCUAUUGAUACUUCAGUAAAGCACGAAACAAUUGUGAUUAUGAAUGCCCAUAACAGUGAUUUACAACACUCAAGUCCACCUAGGAGCCAGGAUCCCAAAGUCACCUCCCAUAAAUUUGCUCCACCACAGCAGGCUGUUGACACAGUGUUAUAUAAAAACUCUCCUGGAUAUCACUUGGUGAUGAAUGUCAGUAAAGAAAGAGGACGCAAAGACCAAGAAGAGAAAAGAUUUUCAUAUCAGCAGCUACAUAUCAACACUCUUUCCAAUAUGAACUUGAACCACCUUAAUGAACUUAAUAAGAGACAAGUGCCCCUGAGCCAGAAAGGCUCUCAGCCUAUUUCUAACAUAAAUGUGAAUGGAUCGACUGAAAAGAAGAAGCAACCCAAACAGACUUUUACAGAGACAAGAUAUAAGAAUUUAGAAAUAUUAUGGAAAUUCCAUUCUUCCUCUGACAGCCAACCUGUUAGAGCUUCUCCAGAUUCCCGGCUGUCACAGAUAAUGCAGCAGCACCAGCAAGCCUUAAUGCAGCUGACCGAGGUGCAGCCCAGUGAAGGGGCCUUAGCCAGCGUCACAUUUCCGCCCAUAUCGUCAGGGGUGGAAAGUGAAUCUCAACUCAGUUCAGAGAGAAGCCAAAGAAACCAAAUGAAAAUUAGUCGUAGCAAUUCUGAAGGCUAUCUGUUUCAACUGGAAAAAGGAAAAAAGCAUCGGAAAAGAAGCAGCAUUAAGAGUUCCAAGCUGAAAGGUUAUCAGAAAAGAGAAGUGAAGCUUGGAGGCCUUGGACCUGACCUUGAGUCCAUCCGAGACAAGAGAACAGAGAGAUCUAGCAGGACUUGUGAGUCACCGGGACGUUGUUUCUCUGAGCAGAUGCAGAAAUUAAAACAGCAAAAGGAAUAUGCAAAACAAGUUAAGGAGUACAACAUGAAGACACUCUCCAUUCUGUCAAAACCCCAAACGGCAAAAACUGAAACUAAGCCUGCUGUCCCUCGGCAGAAGGCUUUGGAAUAUGCUAAGACCAUUCCAAAACCCAAACCUUCAAACCUGACCGAUCAAGCAUCAAAGGAAAAGAAAAAUCCAACCCAUGCUGGAAAAGAAGACACUUUACCUGAAAUCUCACUGCUGGAAAUACUGCAGAGCAGACACGAAAGGGAAAAACAGGCUGUGGCUGCUUUCAAAGUCCUUCACAUUGUAUAGACAACGUAUGUGCAGGAGACUGAAAACACCCGGGGAAUGGACAGGGAGAACAGAAACGCUAACCGACCCCUCUGCAUUGAGAGGGCUGACCUAGGAUCAUCACCUGACUGCACUCCACCUUCGCUUUGUACAGGAUUUAAAAAUAAGCGGCCCUAAUACAUUAUGGUGCCACAUUUUGCCUUCUAGGAAGAAGUUUUCUUUAAUUAUUUAUUUUCAAAUCAGUUAGAAUUUGGGUUGAAUAAGAACUAGGGAAUAAAGCCUUUUGGUUUUAUAUUGGAUCUUUUGAUUUCUUAAAUGACCUCUACCCUUCCUUACCAUAAACUUUGAAGUUACCCAGAAAUAAGUCUACCUACUUGUGUUUCUCUCUUACUUCCUGAUAAGAAAAAAAAAAAGUAUAAACAUUUCAGUUUUUACUAAGAUGAAUUCAAAUUGGACUAAUCAUCAGUAUAUUUUGAGAUAUCAUUUCCAAAACAUUUCCAAAAUCUCUAAAUUUAGCAGGACUUAUAUGUAAAAUUGAAAAAAAAUGAAGGUCCAUCUGGAUGUGCCUAGUCAGGCAGAACGAAUCCCAAUGUCAUACCAACAGAGCAUCAAGAGAUUAAUGAGAAAUCCGCCCACCAGCCCAGACGCACCCAACUCAGGCAACUCCACGAGCCACACCUUCUCAAAGCUUCUUACUCCAAGUACAUAAAUUUGCUGGGCAUCUUGCCGUCAGAGAUAUCUUAAAAUAUUGUCAAAUGUGUGCUUUCACACAAAAAAUAUUAGGUAAGACAAAAGCAUUCCACAGUUUGCUACUAAAUGUCAAUAUUAAUAAAUGUUUUUAAAAAAUCUUUUAAAACUGAAUGAACAUUGUAAAAUUCCCAAGUCUUAAAAUAACUACUGGAGGAUUUAAUUUUUUAUUACUUGCUUAUACUGUAUGGGCAUUGCAUUCUUAGAUGCCCAUAUCCAGAAAUGGACAAUUUUAACAAUAAUUUAGGGCAAAUUUGUUUAUCUAUACAGGUGGCAUAAGGACUAGCUUUGGAGAUUUAUUCCUAUGUUGCAUACAUUUUACAUAUACCAAGAUGUGGUAUAAAAGCUGCCUGGUACAAAACUUCCUCUUAAAACUGGAAGCAAUUAGAAUGGAAAGUCUGGAUGCUGGCCCAGUGGCGCAGCGGUUAAGUGUGCACAUUCUGCUUUGGCGGCCCGGGGUUUGCUGGUUCGGAUCCCUGGUGUGGACAUGGCACCG